AGCCUCAUCAAGUCUGUCCCUGAUUAGUCGAUGCCUGUCAUGUACCAGACACCCAUUGGUCUUCGCGAGAGUGGGACGCGCGCGGUCCUCUCUGGGAGUUGUAGUCCUCUAUUGUUGUCCACGCUGCAAAAUGAGGUGACGAAAGGGUGGGUACUGGUUUUUUUUGGUGUUUUGUUUUUUAAUGAAAAACUAUGACCUUGCACAAGAUCCCUUUCCUCUGUUCCUCUUUUUUUGUGUGUACAGAGGGGAGUAGUUUUGGGAGAUGCAAGAAUUGGGAAGUCUGGGGUGCCAGGCAUUGGGAGGUGGGCUGGGCACGCCCUGAAAAGCUCCCCGCUGCCGUAGCUCUUAGGAAGAUUGGGCUGCUUACCUCAGCGAAAACGGGGGAGAAGUGCGGCACCCUGCUUUGCUACUAUCUUCUGGUCCCUUGAUGACCUAGGCUUGAACUCCAGUAAGCCACGGUUCCUCUACAUACCUCUGGAAACAGGAGGGGAUUGCCCUCUUGCUAUUUAUUUGGGAGUUUCCGAAUGAUAUUUCAAAAGAGAAACAAAAUUGCAGCAAGGACUUUUCAGAAUAGAGAUGUAGUUGUCUGGAGUGUGUGUUCAAAGAAUAAGUUCAUUGAUUAGGGAAGCUGAUAUCUGGGACCUGUGAAGUCAGAAGUCUUGGUCCAUGUAGAGGAUCUGGGCCCUGAAGCACUGUUGAAGACACCUUGGUCUUUUUGUUUAACAGGGAACUGUGGGGUUAGGUGCCUAAUGCAGUUCACAUUGAUCUAGAGUCCCAAAAUUGAAAAAUAAAAAGGGAGGUAGGUGAAUAGCGGUGUGAGAAAAUUGGGUGGGUCAGAGUGGCAUGCUCCUUCUGGAGAUUCAUUCAUUUGAUGGAUACUAAGUGUCCACCAAACAAAGGAACUAGGGAUACAAAAAUGAUUAGGAACUGGCUCCCUGACCCCAAGGACCUUGCAGUUAGAUGAAACAAAUAAACAAGUAAUAACAAUAGAGUGUGGUAAGCAGCAUAAUAUAAGAGAUGAUAGCAAGGUCAUCAUUGUUAAUUCACGUUCAAUUUAACACACAUUUCUCAGACGCUUUCUAAAUAAAGGAGCAUCAAGUUGUGUAAGACCCUUUCAUGUCCAUCUACUCACUUGAGGUGGAAUUUUUUUUUUUAAAGGAUAUUCUAUGUUUUAGGGCAUGAUCACAAUGAAAACAAGUUUGUGGCAGUAGAGAGAGCUCAGAAUAUGGAAUUAAGAGAACUUGUUUCAAUUUGACUCCGUCUAACAUUUUUUUUUUUUACAUUAGCUGUAGGAACUUUCGCAAGACAUUUAACUACAGAGCUUUAGUUCCCUCGUCUGUAAAAUUGACUUCUGCCUAUUUGAUUGUUGUAGUCAAAAUUAACUGAGGUAACAAAUGAGAGAGGACUGCCUAAAUAAUAAUAAAAAAUAAUAAUAAUACAUAGGUCAAAUUGUUACUGUUCUUUUCAUGUCUUAGUUUGAGGUAAUGAAAUAAAAUGAUUUUAUUAUCUUCCCCCCACCCUUUGAAAGCUGCGGACAGACCUCGGUCAUCCUUUAAAAUACAUUUAACAUAUACAUAACAGUCCUCUCUGUUUGCCUAGGGAUAUUUAGGAAAAUGACCUCAAAAUGUCCGUCAGGAAUGUAUUCCCAGGAAAAGACAGCACUUCUAUAAAACAAGCCAAAUAAAAAGGAAAUGAAAUUCCAUUGUUAUGAGGAGUCCUCAAGCGCCACGCCUUCGAACGGUUCUCCAAACUGCAGCCUGCAGCCACGACUGCAACCCGCGACCCAUUUCUCAUGAGUCAGCAGACACCAUGCCUAGGAGGACGGAGGAACGGCGCUCUGGCCGCACCAGACUCAUCGGGCGACGUCUAUGGUACAGCCCCUCUAUCCGCCGCCAGAAGAUGGUGUCGCACUCUGUGGUCGCGGUUUGGAAAUCUGCGCGGGAAGUGGGAGGUGGGAGGUGAAACGGUAGUAGGUUGUCCCUUCCAGCUACCCAAUCGAGGUGCUCUAUUCUGCGGGCGCACGGAAGCCUCCCAUUACAGUCUCAACAGAUCUCAGCCUCCUUGCAGCCUUUUUGAACUGCGGGGGUGGGGCGGGGGAGGGCUGAGCCUCCGCGCGGAGACUUUACCAAUCAGCGUGCAGCAGAGCUGUAAAGGACAGCAACAAGAGCCAACCAGCGGACCUGUCCUCUUCCUGCACACGCACUCCCGCCUCCCGGGUCGCGGCCGUUACUGGUGGCGCGCGCGGGGACUCAAAGUAGCUCAGACUUCUAGGUAUGAAGACGCAGGGAGACGUUGGAUCAUAACGGAACCUACUUGGGCUGUGGAUCGAAGAUGUUGGUGUACUGGAGUCAAGACUCGUAGGCCAGGCCGGUCAUGAGGAUGGAGUUGACACUAUCCAGGGGUCGUCUUACUUUCCCUACCUGACCAGUUUCCCUCUAGGGUGGCAUCCUUCUAAGUGAAUCCCACUCCUGCUAUUUUGAGUUGCUUCUUCUUUCAUUUGUUCUUUUACCAGUAGGCUCAGUGAUGUAACCUCCAUGAAGACAGGGCUCAUUUUAUGUUUGGUUCACGGAUAUGUCCCACAUACCUUGACGGCAAACUUUGCUCCAUAACUACUGUUGAAUAUGAUGGACUUUAGGGGAAAAGACAGUUCUGCUGGUCCAGCCCUGGAGGGGGCGUGUGAAGGCAGAAAUGGAAAGUAAUGGUUACACUAUAAUGAGAAGUGUUUGGAUAGGCUGCGGAACAUACAGGAGGAACACUGGAAAGCUGUGACAUUGGAACUGAAUCUUGAGGGAUGAUUAGGAGUUGGAGCAGGAAACUCAGAGUGAAAGGCCAGAGGCAAGCUGGGCUAAGGCAUGCAGGUGUGCAGGACAAGGAGGACAGUGUUUUCAGAGAUUAAUUAGAAGGCCCAUGUGACUGAAUUAUAGGCUCGUGAAAUUGGGGGAGCGAGGCAUUGCAGGACAUGAAGUUCAGAUCGUGGAGGGUCUUGCUAAGGAGUUAGAUUUUAUUUUAUCCUGUGAACAUGGGAAGCCAGCAAAGGGUACUAAAUAGGAGAGACAUCAGGGUGAUCUUGGGCAAGUUCUUUUGUGUCACAGUUUCUUUAUGUGAAAAAAUGGGAGAUAACAAUAAUACCUACCUUACAGGGCUCUUCUGUUAAAUGAGUCAGCUAGUGUAAUUAGAAUAGUAACUGGCAUAAAGCAAGCAUCUUUAUAUGAUGGUUGGUUUUAUGAUUCUUUGCAGUUCAGUGUGAUCACAUUGAGGUGGUAGGAUAAAGUGUAAAAAGCAUGGGCGUUACAGCCAGAAUUACAUAUAUUCCUAUCCUUUCUACUUACUGCUGUGUUAUAUUGAGCAACUUUUAAAAAUAUUUUUAGCAUUACUUUCAUAAAUGCGUACCUCAUAUGGCUAUGAUGCCUGACACAUAACACAAUGCCCAACACAUAGUUGAUGUUUGGCAAAGGUUAGUUCCCUUUGAAAUUCUCUUUUUCAAACUAUAGGUUGUGACCCAAUAAUGGAUAGUGAAAUCAACUUAGUAGGUUGCAAGUCAACGUUUAAGAGAUAUAUGUGGUAUAGAAAAAAUAGAUGAAAGAUAAUCAGCGUAUUGUGCAUACUAAGGUUAAGUAUUGUUUCUCAAAACUUUUGUUUAUGUAAGGAAGUACAUAUGUUCACAUGUAUCUGUGUUGUUAGGUGCCGUUGAGUCAGUUCCAACUCAUAGCGACCCUGUGUCCAACAGAACAAAACACUACCCUGGUCCUGCGCCACGCUCACAAUCGUUGUUAUGUUUGUGUACUAGAGACUGUAUAUUUCUCUCUCUGUCAUCAAAGAUAUUUGAAAAACGCUUCAGGAGGAUAAUAACAACGAUUGACGGAAAGAAAAUCAUCAACCUCCAUUAUGGAGGAUACCCAGGUUAUCGACUGGGAGGCUGAAGAAGAGGAGGAAACAGAGAGAUCCAGUGAAUCUGUGGGGAGCAACUUGGAACCCCUAGGGCGACUGCAUAUCUUCAGCAGUGCCCAUGGACCAGAAAAAGAUUUCCCGCUAUACCUUGGGGAGAAUGUGGUAGGCCGAAUGCCUGACUGCUCUGUGGCCCUGCCCUUUCCGUCCAUCUCCAAACAACAUGCAGUGAUUGAGAUCCUGGCCUGGGACAAGGCACCUAUCCUCCGGGAUUGUGGGAGCCUCAAUGGUACUCAAAUCCUGAGGCCUCCUAAAGUCCUGAGUCCUGGGGUGAGUCAUCGCCUCAGGGACCAGGAGUUGAUUCUCUUUGCUGACUUACCCUGCCAGUACCACCGUCGCCUGGAUGUCCCCCUGCCUUUUGCCUCCCGGGGCCCUCUAGCCAUAGAGGGGACACCCAGGGCACAGGGAGGAACUCGAACCCAGGGGCUUCUGUUGGCUGAGGACUCAGAUGAUGAAAUAGAUCCUCUUUCUGAAAGCUGUGUGGUGAAAGGAUCAAGGACCACAUCCUCCCCUUUGGCAACAGUAGUCCCGGAGAGUGAUGAAGAAGGGGCUUCCUCUGCCCGGGAUGGCCCUGGGGCACCCUUUGGCUUCAACUUGAACAGUGACACAGAUGAGGAAGAAGGUCAGCAGCCAGCAUCAAGGGAGGCCUCCUCAGCUGCCAGAAAAGGUGCCCCUGCAGAGUCAAAGCAGCCUGAUGUUGAUGGAGUUGCAGCUGAACUCCAGCUUGAAAAGGAUCAGCCUUCAGCAAAGGAGAGGGACAGUGACACAAAAGUUGAGAGGGGUGCAGGCAAUGUUGUGGUUCCAGUCAGAGUGAUUCUGGAGAGAAGCCACCCUGCUGGGGAGGACAGUGACACAGAUGUGGAUGAGGACAGCAGGCCUCCAGGAAGACCACCUGAGGGCCAUUUGGAAAGGGGCCAGCCUUCUAGCUUCAUCGACAGUGAUACCGAUGUGGAAGAAGAGGGGAUCCCUGCAACCCCACCUGUAGUUCCAAUGAAGAAGAAGCAGGUUUUCCGUGGAGUUGGUAUGCAUGGUCCUGGAGUGCCUGCCUUGGCACAUCUGCAGAAGAGCCAGGCUGGUGGUGACACAGGUGUGGAGCAGGGCGAGGCAAGCCAAGGCUCCAUGGUGAUCAACAGUGAUACAGAUGACGAGGAAGAAGUCUUAGCAGCACUGACCUUGGCACGUCUGAAAGAGAGCCGAGCUGUGACCAACCACAGAGAUACAGAUGUGGAAGAGGACAGGGCCCCACCUGUGGUCCUUCUGGAGCGAAGCCUAACCUCUGCUGAGAGAGACAGUGACACAGACAUGGAGGAGGAGAGAUGUCCAGUGGAAAGCAGACAAACUGUCCCCAGGGGUCACAUAGACAAGGAUGGAGCCCUUGUUAUGGCACAUUCAGGAAAGAGUCAUCCUCUUCUUAGAGAUGGCGAUAAAGAUGUUGGGGAAGAGAAGGGCUCUCCUGGGGCCCACCUGGAGAGAAGCCAAGCCUCUGCCACAAUGGACAUCAAUACAGAAAGUGAGGAGAAAGUCCCAUUAGAGCCAGCUGUUACACAUCUGGAGAAGCACCAGGUACAGGGCACAAAUCAAACAGAUAUGAAAGCAGAAAGGAGCUCAGCAAAGCUGCCUGUGGUGCACCUAGAGGAAGCCCCGCCUCCUCCAGAUGAGGACUGUGAAACAGAUGAGGAGGAGGACAUGUCCUUCGUGACCUCAGCAUUGGCAGAUGUAAGAAAGAGCCAGCUUCCGGCUGAAGGGGAUGCUGGGACGGAGAGGGCUACAGCUGUUCUUAAGCGGGAGAGAGUUCUUGAGGCAGGAACCCAGGGUAGGUCACCUGUGGCACAAGUGAAGCAGGGCCUUCUCCCUGUCUCAAGGGAGAACCUAACAGAUCUGGUGGUGGACACAGGCACUCCAGGGGACCCCAUCCAGCCACAUAGAAAGGGAGCCCAGACCCUCACAGAAAGGGAGAGGGAACCGCUUACAGACAGUACCAAGGACUCUAAAGACAGCCAUGAUGACUCUGAAGAUCUGGAUCUACAAGCUACCCAGUGCUUUGUGGAGAGAGAGAAUCCAAGCCUAGAGGCAAUCAAGAGGAUGGAGGAGGAAGCAACUCAGGCCUUCCUGUUUACUCUGCCCCAAGAAGAGCCUGGCCCUUUCCAUUGCAGCUUCCAGACCCCAGGUACCCUGGAUGAGCCAUGGGAGGUCUUGGCUACACAGCCAUUCUAUUCAAGAGAGUCAGAGGCCUCUGAGACCCAGCACAUUGCUGCCCACCUUGAGGCCCAUGGAACUUGUCCCUGUCGUCCCUCUCCACCCAGGGCAACUCCACAAGACCAACAUCCAGAAAGCACAGUUCACACAGAGUCACUGGGAAUUCAAGGCAGGGGGAUUCAGACUGAGGAGAAAGGCCUGGAUACACCAAGAGAAACUGCAGAAAGUGUGACCCCUGAGAGAGAGCCCUUGGAGAGGGAAGCCAAGGAACUGCCACCAGAAGGAGAAAGAGAAGAUGGGAUAGGAAAGGAAGAAUUAACCAGGGGGCUACAGGACAGGGAACAAGAACAGGUGUUAGCUAGAGACCUUCAGAGACAAGAGUCUGAUAUAAAGAUGAAAAGUGCAAAUGCUGAAUGGGAUGUGAAGAGUUUGAAAGUAGAAAUGGAGACAUCCAAGGAAAUACAAGAGAAAGAAAUAGAGAAGCAGGCCCUUGCAAGAGAAAUAUUUGAGAGAGAAGCACAGAGACCAGUACCAGAGAAAGAGAGUGAGCCAGCAGAGUUAGAAGUAAAGGUACCCAAAGAGGUACUGGAGGAGACAGGCACACAGAGAGGGGAGACCAAGGGCAGUGGGAGCCAGAACCAGAAAGGGGAGGCCUCCCUUCCAACGCCAGAGCCUGGAGUGGGGGCGGGGGCCCUUCAAGGACUGGCUUCAGCCCCAAUAGCUCCUGGCAGCCAGUCAGGUAGAGGAAGGGUAGCCCCAGUGAGCCCCACGAGGCAGCGGAGAGGUCGUUUGAAUUGGAAGAUGCCACCUGCUGAGAAGACUUCAAGAGGUGGUCAAGAAUCCCCAGAUGCUUUUCUGCCUCCAUCAGUGCCUGAAGCCUCAGCCACAUUCCAGAACCUGCCUAUCUCUCAGAGCCAAAAACAUCCUAUACUUCAGCCCCUGCUUUCCCCCUCUCUGCCUUCUUCAGCAACACCCAUUCCCAGGACCAGGCAGAAAGAGAGUCCAGAAGCUGUAGAGACUCCUUUGUCCUCAGAGCUGGAGCCUCUCUACCCAAAGCCUAAAGUCAGGCCCCGAGGAUCCUCUAGGGUCACACCCUCUCCAGUUUCCUCUACUGCCCUUGAGCCCCACCCUCCCACCCCCACAGACCAGCCUGUUAGCACUGAGCCCACACCUUGGGUUACUCAGGGCAAGACACGCAGGUCCUCUGUCAAGAUCCCUGAACCAGUUGAACCCACAGCCCCUGAGCUCCAGCCUUCCACUUCCACAGACCAGCCUGUCACCCUCAACCCCCUGUCUCGGGCCACUCGGGGCAGGACACAUAGGUCCUCUGUCAGGACCCCUGAACCAGUUGAACCCACAGCCCCUAAGCUCCAGCCUUCCACUUCCACAGACCAGCCUGUCACCCUCAACCCCGUGUCUCGGGCCACUCGGGGCAGGACACAUAGGUCCUCUGUCAAGACUUCUGAACCAGUUGAACCCACAGCCUCUGAGGUCCAACCUUCGACAUCCACAGACCAGCCUGUCACUGCCCAGCCCAUAUCACAGGCCACUCGGGGCAGGACACGUAGGUCCUCUGUCAGGACUCCUGGGCGAGUUGAACACACAGCCUCUGAGCUCCAGUCUUCCACCUUCACAGACCAGCCUGUCACCUCUAAGCCCACUCGGGGCAGAACACCUAGGUCUUCUGUCAAGACCCCCAAGCCAAUUGUCGCCACAGCCCCUAAGCUUCAGUCUUCCACCUCUACACACCAGCCUGUGACCCCCAAGCCCAUAUCUCGUGCUACUCGAGGCAGGACAAAUAGGUCCUCUGUCAAGACCCCUGAACCAAUUGAACCCAUAGCCCCUGAUCUCAAGCUUCCCACCCCCACAGACCAAUCUGUCACCUCCGAGCCCAUAUUAUGGGCCACUCAGGGUAGGACACAUAGGUUCUCUGUCAAGACUCCUGAACCAUUUGAACUCACAGCCCUUGAACUCCAGCCUUCCACCUCCAAAGACCAGUUUGUCACCCCUAAGUCCACGUCUCGGUCCAAUCAGGACAAGACACAUAGGUUUUCUCUCAAGACCCCUGAACCAUUUGUCCCCAUAUCCCCUGAUCUCAAGCCUCUCAAUCCCACAGAUCAGCCUGUCACCCCUGAGCCCAUAUUACGAACCACUCGGAGCAGGACACAUAGGUCCUCUGUUAAGACCCCUGAACUAGGUGAACCCACAGCCCUUGAGUGCCAACCUUCCACCUCCAAAGACCACCCUGUCACCCCUGAGCCUGUAUUACAGCCCACUCGAGGCAGGACACCUAGGUCUUCUGUCAAGACUCCUGAACCAGUUGAACUCAGAGUCCCUGGUCUCAAGCCUCCCACCCCCAGAGAGCAGGAUGUCACCCCUGACCCCCUAGUUCAGGGUAGUCAGAGCAAGACACUAAAGUCUUCCACAGUAAGUGCCGUGCCAGUUCCUGUAACUUCUGAAUUCCAGCCUCCUGUCCCCACAGACCAGCCUAUUCCCGCCGAACCCAUCCCUCAACCCAGCUGCAACAGGAGACAGAGGGCCACUAGGAAGCAUGAGUCCCUCACAGCUCCCAUUGUCCAUGAACCCUGCUGUACACCCCAUGAACCUAAAUCCCAGUCCUCAAGGACCCAAAGACGAGGAGCACUGAGAGCAGCUGAGUCCCUUAGGGCCACUCCUGAGCCUUCCUGUCCCCAACUUGAGGCACCCACUCAUGCUCCCCAGUUCCAAAAGGUAGAGGCAGCAGGUAGAUCUGGGUUCACCCCAGAGCCCCAGCCUAAGGCCUCUCAAAGCCGCAAAAGGACUUUAGCUACUAUGGAUUCACCCCCACCUCAAAAACAACCCCAAAGACGGGAAGUCCCCCAGAAGACAGAGCUCCCCAAGGAAGAACAAGAAGGCACUGCCGAGAGGCCAGGGAAGAAAAAGAACAUAGUGAUUCCAGGACCAGUCAAGAGAAAGAGAGACCAAAAAGAGGAGGAGCCCAGGGGAACACAGAGCCGCAACCUCCGGCGAACCAAAUCUAACCAAGAAUCAGUGGCCCCCAAAGUGCUCUUCACAGGAGUGGUGGAUGCUCGAGGAGAACGUGCUGUGCUGGCCCUGGGUGGAAGUCUUGCCAACUCAGUGACAGAGGCUUCACACUUGGUCACUGAUCGAAUUCGCCGGACAGUCAAGUUCCUGUGUGCCCUGGGACGGGGGAUCCCCAUCCUCUCCUUGGACUGGCUACACCAGUCCCGCAAGGCUGGUUGCUUCUUGCCCCCGGAUGAAUAUGUGGUGACUGAUCCUGAGCAGGAGAAGAACUUUGGCUUCAGCCUUCGGGAUGCCCUGAGCCGGGCUCAGAAGCGAAGGCUGCUGGAGGGCUAUGAGAUUCAUGUGACCCCUGGAGUCCAGCCGCCACCGCCUCAGAUGGGAGAGAUCAUCAGCUGCUGUGGAGGCACUGUCCUGCCCAAUAUGCCCCGGUCCUAUAAGCCUCAGAGAGUUGUGAUCACGUGCUCCCAGGAUUUCGCACGAUGCUCCAUUCCCUGCCGGAUUGGGCUUCCCCUCCUCUCACCCGAGUUCCUGCUGACAGGAGUGCUGAAGCAGGAAGCCAAUCCAGAGGCCUUCACCCUCUCCACUUCGGAAAUGUCAUCCACCUGAAAACCCCAGUGUCCUUUUCCCUGCAAGACCUAUAAAUAAAAUGUUAGAAAAUAUUGUGAAGAAAGAACCUGGGGCUUUAGAAAUAAUUGGGGUGUACUGAUAUAACACUUGUCCUGGAGCAUGGGUGGCGUCAGAAAGGCUCAGGGGUAGACAGAAAGAUAGCAAGAUUGGGAACCACAAAUUUCCUAAAACGGCCAUUUAAUCCUUAGAAUUUUAAGUGGAUGCGCAUUUUUGGCCAGACUAAUCUAGUUAUUUCUCCUUGACACACACGGAAACCCAUAUUGCUUCCUCUUUUCUUACUGGGAUUCUUAGUCAUCUUCCCAAAGAUGAGUAGAUUUGAGGGUAGAGUUUUGGAAUGCUACGAAAAUGUUUUCCUCUCUCCUGGCUCUAUCUGGUUAGAAAUAUCCGUUAGCUGUGACUUUGAGCAACUCUUCGCACUGUUCUGGCUGCAUUUUCAGUGUUUAUAAAAUAAAUGCUUAAGCCUGACCUCUGUGAUAAAUAAAUAUUUGCUCUGUGCCUUAUGGUGUGAGGUUUUUCUUUAAUGUCUGGUUUUUAAGAGACUAAAACUUUUUUUUUUUUUAUCCUUAUGGACUUGUAUUUAAUUUACUAUUAUCUUCCAUUUAGGGAAAGUUAUAUUUAUUAAAUUUUAAAAGUUGGUUGAUUUUGAGGAUGUGGAGGAACUGGGACCCUCGUACAUUGCUAGUGGGUAUGUAAAAUGGCUCAGCUACUGUAGAAGACCAUUUGGGGGCUCCUCAAAAAGUUAAACAUGGAAUUAACUACCAUAUGACCCAGGAAUUCCACCCUUAGGUAUAUACCCAGAAGAACUGAAACCGUGCUCAAAUACUUGUACGAGAAUAUUCAUAGCAGCAUGAUUCAAUUACCAGAUGGUGGAAACAACUCAAAUGUUCAUCCGAUGAAUGGGUAAACAAAUCGCGGUGUACAAAUAGAAUAUCAUCCAGCCACGAGGAGGGAUGAAGGACUUGGUGUCUGCUACGACAUGGACGAAUCCCAAAAACAUGCUAAGUGGAAGAAGCCAGACACAGUCAUGUAUUAUGUGAUUCUAUUUAUAGGGAAUAACCAGAAUAGGUAAGUCCAUUGAGACAGAAGGCAGAUGGUGAUUGCCAGGGGGUGGACAUGGAGGUCAGGGCAUUCGGAGUGACUGUUUAAUGGAUACAGAGUUUUUUGGGGGAAUGAUGAAAAUGUUUUGGAGCUAGACAGAGGUGGUCGUACAACAUUGUGAAAGUGCUAAAUGGCACUAAAUUGUUCUUUAAAAUGGUUUACCUUAUGUGAAUUUCACUCGAAUGAAAAAAUGUUGGUUGAUUAGUUUUGUGCACUUUCUGCGUGUAAGUUGGAAAACUUUGGUAUAGAAACAGCAUGAGCUUUGCCAGGCACUGUGUUGGCUUUUAAACAUACCUAAUACCAUAUAGGAAACCCUGGCAGCGUAGUUGUUUAAGAGCUAUAUCUGCUAACCAAAAGGCCAGCAAUUUGAAUCCACAAGGCGCUCCUUGGAAACUUUAUGGGGCAGUUCUACUGUGUCCUGUAGGGUCACUAGGAGCCAGAAUAGACUUAGCAAUGGGUUUGAGUUUUUGGUUUAAUCUCAUAUAACACAACCAUUGCAGGUAUAGCACAUGCCAGGACUCAAAUAAAUAAUAGUCCCCUUGUGAAAACAAUAAGACAAAGCUCUGAUUACUCAGCAGAAACCAUGCAGGCAAGAAGGCAGUGGAAUGACAUAUAUAAAACUUUGAAAGAAAAAAAUUGCCAACCAAGAAUAGUAUAUCCUACAAAACUCUCACUCAAAUAUGAUGGUGAAGUUAGGAAAUUUCCAGAUAAACAGAAAUUAAGGGAAUAUUUAAAAAAACAAAAUUAUUAAAGGGAGACCUUCAAUUAGAGAAAAAACAUCAGACAACAGCCCAAAUCUAGGACGCAAGACUGCAUUAGCCACAUAGCAACCUAGGUAACGAACUCUCAAGGAUUAAUCAAAACCAAGAAUUUACAACAGGGAGCCAGAGAGGUUAAUCUGUAAAUGACAAUAAUGUCAGAACAAUAAAAGAGGGAACAAAUGGUGUAGGUAUAACUUUCAAAUGGAAAUGAAGGCAAAGCAAUAGCAAGUUGAAUUCCUAUACACCAGUAACAAUGAAAAGGAAAUCAGGAAAAGGAUACCAUUUAUAUAGCCCCUAAAAGAAUAAAAUACUGAGUAAUAAAUCUAACCAGGGAUGUAAAAGACCUAUAUAAAGAAAACUACAAAACACUACUGCAAGAAACCAAAAGAGAUCUACAUAAACGGAGAAACAUACCAUGCUCAUGGAUAGGUAGACUCAACAUUGUGAAAAUUCAAUUCUACUCAAUGCAAUCUACAAAUACAAUGCAAUCCUGAUCCAAAUACCAACAGCAUUCUUUAAAGAGAUGGAAAAACUAAUCAUUACUUUAUACGGAAAGGAAAGAGGCCCUGGAUAAGUAAAGCACUACUGAAGAAAAAGAAUAAAGUAGGAGGACUCCCAAUACCUGACCUCAGAACCUACUAUACAGUUAAAAAAAAAAAAAAACCUGGUACUGGUACAAUGACAGAUACAUUGACCAGUGGAACAGAACUGAGGACCUAGAUGUAAAUUCAUCCACCUACAGUCACCUGAUCUUCAACAAGGGCCCAAACAAAGUCCAUCAACUGGGGAAAAGACAGUCUUUUUAAUAAAUGGUGCUGGCAAAACUGGAUGUCCAUCUGCAAAAAAAAAAAAAAAGAAAGAAA